CGCAGACAACAACAUGAGAGCUUUUGUAUUAAUCUGCACUCUGGUGGCGCUCGCCUCAGCCGGCGAUGUCCGUGAGAAGCGCGGCUUCCUCGGCGGAUACAGCGGUGGGAUCGGAUACGGCGGCGGAUAUGGCGGAUACAGUGGCGGAUAUGGCGGUUACGGAGGUGGACUCGGUGGUAUCGGGUACAGCAGCUACUCCGCUCCCGCUGUGGUCUCCGUCAACAAGGUCGUGAACGUCCCCAGAGUAGUUAGUGUACCCCAGGUCGUAUCUGUCAACAAGGUAGUCUCCCAGCCUCAGGUGGUCACUGUCAAUAAAGUUAUCUCCAGCGGUAUCGGUGGAUACGGCGGCGGAUUCGGUGGGUACAGUGGCGGAUACGGAGGAUACAGUGGCGGAUACAGUGGUGGAUACGGAGGCGGAUACGGUGGCGGAUACGGAGGCGGAUACGGCGGCGGAUACAGCAGUGGAUGGUGGUGAAC